GACCCGUAGCAAUACUGUACGGUGGUUUAUUUACCUCAGUAGAGCCAAGAGCAUGAGCUAGCACUGAGAGACGAAGGUGGCAGAGCAGAGUUUUAUAUAGAUCUGCGGGUAGCCACAGUCACCACAGAGGAAUCUUAGAUGCAGGCAUUUGGAUGGAAAAGGAAGAAGGCUGGGUUAUCUAAACCUCGACCCUCUGCCUUCUCUGGAGAAAAUGCUGAAGUUAAAGAUGAAACUAAGGAUCCUGACAUUGACUGGUUGACAGCAACAAAGCGACCGAAGGUGUUGCAGCUAGAAGAUGUAGAAGCAAAGGCUCGUAGACUCAGCAAUGAGGGAGUAACACUUGCUGAGGCAGAACGAUGGUGGGCAGCCAUUGGCAGGUGGAAUGCUGCUCUUGCCUUGACACCAAAUGACCACACCAUUCAUGAAAUGCUGUCACAGGCAUAUAUGCAGGUAGGCGAAGUCUUUCCAGCCCUAAGAUCAGCAGAGGAAGCAGUGAAGCUGUCUCCAAACUGGUGGGUGGGAUUGCAGACUCUAGGACGUGCACAGCUGGGACUGGGAGAAGUGGCUCAGGCUGUCAAAACCUUUUCUCGGGCUGUCCACAUUCGUCCAGAUCAGCAGGAGCUAUGGCGAGAAGACCUGCAGUGGGCUGUUGGCUUGCUUAAAAAAUAUCAAGAAAUUGAAGUGGAACGGGAGAAAGUGAAAGCAGCUGCAAAAGAGAGUGGAGCAACUAUUACUGAGCUGCCCGUGCCAUCCAUUGAGGGAUCCAUCAGGGAGAAGUCUAUCCAAUUGUACCAGAUACAGAAACAAAGAGAAGCUGUAGAAGCAGGUGACCCAACAAUUCUUGAGAGAGGAAAGAACAUUGAUUUGUCAAAGAUGGUGAGGAUGAGAGUGACUUAGAUUUAUUAUCUGUAGUCUGCUCUGCAGCCUGUGAAAUGUUAAGUUAUGUGGAAUUUUGUCCAAAAUCUUUACAUGCUUUUAAGAUAUAGGAGGAGUGUUCAGGAAUAACUCAGAUAUGAAUACCAGAAUUGUAGGACUGUUAUUUGUGUAUUCAGACUUGUUGAGCUUCCCACACUGAGGAUUAAAAUAUCCAGGAAGCUUCCUUCUGUGUUGGCCAUCAUCUAGUUUCUCUUAUUAUUACAUGGAAAAUCACUUAACUGUUGUAUAUUACACCACAGGAUAUAAAAAUUGUGUGGUUAAGUGUGGUAGGAUAUGGACAUGUGACUGAUGCAUGCAAGUUAAACCAUAAGAUAAAUGGUUGAAGCUGAACCUUCACGAAGUACUUGAUGAAAUAUAGUGUUACUUGAUAAAGAGCUUUAUAAAAAAAAUUUGCCUCAUGUCUUGCUCUAUGAGAAAGGAGUUCUUUUUUACUAUGGACUGUUGUAACUCAAAUACUGGUAAAAACCAUUAAAGGAUGACUUUCACCACAUUACUUGAGAAGAAAACGUUUUCAUGAUAAAAUCAAUUUCUAUAUAUACUGUACAGUACAGUAUAUAAAAUUCUCUUGAGUUUUGCAAGUUUAAGGUGAUGCUGUAUUUAUUAUUAAGGACUUUUUCUUGAGGAAGAGGUAGUCUCUCAUUGUGAAUUGACAGAUUCUAAAUGGCAUUCCUUGUUUCUAAAUUUUAUUAUGGAUAAUAUAUACUAGCAGUAACUAAACAAUAAUUUAUAGAUCAUCAACAUUAUCUUUCAAUUACUAUUGCCAUUGUACUGCAGCAGUAUUCAUUGACAGCACUUAAUGUAGUAGGUGAGUUUUUCCUCAUUGUUAUGAAGUAACAAAGUUUGUUUUUGGUGCUAACAUUGUACUAUUGUAAUGUUCUGUUAUAAUAAAGUUUGUUUACUUCUUUGUAUCAUCAUGUACAGUAUUGUACUGUAUCUAUUGUAAAAUAUAUUGUUAAAUCUAGUCACUAUUUUUGCUUGUGUGUUAACUUAAAAGUAACGUGGGUCUGUUUUGUCCACCAUUAAUAUAUUAGAUUUUAUAUUUAUAUCAACAUCCUCCUUUGAUAGACAUCAGUGAUAUACUCAUUGGCAAAUGUUGAAAAACAGAUUUAAAGAAAAAAAGAAUGAUUUAUAGAGCUGUACAUAGAUAUAAAGCUGAAAUUUUUUAUAGGUGUUUGUUCUGCUACAGGUCUCCCUUGAUUUGUGAAAAGGUUCUGUUCCUGAAAACCAUUUGGACAUCAAUAUUUCACAAAUUGUUUGUGAUAUUCCCAUUGACUUCCAUUAUAAAAUUGGAGAUAUGUUCCUAUAGGAAUAUCUACCCCAAAACUUGCUUCUGUAGUACAUUAAUGACAUCUAAAGAUAUUUUUUAUGCAUAAAAUAUAUAUAUAUAUAUAUAUAUAUAUAUAUAUAUAUAUAUAUAUAUAUAUAUAUAUAUAUAUAUAUAUAUAUAUAUAUAUAUAUAUAUAUAUAUAUAUAUAUAUAUAUAUAUAUAUAUACCUGUAUAUAUAUAAUGGGAAACAAUUUAUAUAACUUAAUUAUAAUAAGGGUACAUAAGUUUAUUUACCGAAAAUUAAAAGGAGUUCCUGCAAGAAUGAGUGGUUUAACCUAUGAACUAAUUUUGUAUGUUAACAUUCUAAUGUAAAUGUUACUGAUUAGCUUGGUAGUUAUUGAGACUAUGCCAAUGUCUGUGGUGCACAGUAUGAGGUCUAGCUACAGUUUUUCAUUCUGCAGUGAGAUGCCAAGUAAUGUUCCUUUACAUGCAUUAUGAUACACCCCUUUUGCUUUUACUGGAUUGGAUUUUUGGUAUGAAUUUAGCUGAAUAUUGAAAUCUACAGUAAACAUAUUCAUUUAACUUUUUAUAUUGUACAGUCUCUUGCACUUAUACACAGUACAGUGGCUGGCACACUUUGCGAGAUGUGACAAGUCUGCGGAAUGCUUAUCUAGCAUUCUUAGUCUGGCUUCUAUUGCGACAUCCCUUAGGGCCAUUCCAAGAGUUUUAAUAUAAUGUAAACACAGUUGCCACAUCUCACAAAACACACCAGCCAAAGUACCAGGCACAAGUGCAGGCUACUGUACAUGUACACUCGCUACAACAAGUAAAAAUUUUUUUGAUAAACAAGAAGACACAACAGGCAAAGGAGUUAGACAGCCCUACUGAGACAACAGUACUGUAAUUGCAGUGUUCAUUUUCAAAAUAAUCGGACCACACCUUUCAGAUACUUUCUGUAGCGAGUGUACAUGUACACUGAACCCUUACUAAUUCGAUAUUUACAAUUUGAUAUUUCAGACUAAUUUUAAUAUAUGAUUCCAUAUAUGUACUGUACAAUUGUUGUCUUCAAACAAUUUGGAGUUAUUCUCACUGCCAUCUUCCCAAAAGAAUUUAUUUUUGAUACAGAAGUACUUGAAAAUCAGAAUUUUUUCUUGAAUUUUUAGAGUACUACAUAAUUUUGAAUUUUCAUAAAUAAAACCUAAAUAAAUUGAGGGAUGCCUGCACUAUAUACUGUAUUUACAUUUUUAGGAAGAUAAGUAAAGUUUUUACUGAGAUACAUAUCAAGUGUACUGUACAGUACUUGGGAAAGUAAGUCUGUCUGUAUGGCUUAAAUUAUCUUGGCUAUUGAAUGCCAGAAAAUCCAAAGACUUGACCUUGGACACAGUUUUAGAAAGGAUAGGUUUACAGUAUUAGAUAUGACCGGGGUAAGCUCAGAAAAGUGUAGCAUGCAGGCUUUUAAGUUUUACUUGUAAUGUUUUAGAGAAGUGUGUAUGUAUGUGCUUCGAUACUUCAUUUUUAGCUGCAUUGUUUCUUAUCAUAUGUUACCCAUCUUGGCGGAGCUGCCCCACCUUUUGUCUAAUAACCCCUCAGCAUACAUCCAUCAAAGAAUCUACAGUAUCAUGAAACUGGAAACUUUUUGGGAAAAUAAUUUGUGUUCAGACUUAAAGACAAUCCCUUAAAAAAUGCCCCCUCCCCUCCUUAAAAACAACUGGCAUUGAAAGGUUUCCUUUCAGUGUGGCUGAGUAAUUUGAUCCUGUAAGGAAAAUUUAUUUAUAUUAUCACUAUUACUUGCCUAUUUUUGUUUACAGCAUACAUAUAUUUGCUAUUUUUGUUUUGUUUUCUAACACCUCACUUUACUUUCUCCCAUGUAAAAUUAUCUAAACAAAAUGCAUUGUUGCUGGUUUUAGAUUAAUUGGGUGGAAAGUAGUGUAACACUGUUCAUCUUAAAGAUAAAUUAUUAAAUAGCAGCAAAAAUAAUGGGUAAUGAAUUUGAUGGCGGCAUUGCAUAAUAGAAGGUGAAAUACUGUACUGAAAUAUUGUACCCUGUACCCUGAAACUUUUUAUCUUCUAGUAAGGACCUCACAUAAUUUUUAUGAUUACUUGGGAAAAGUUUUUGAACUGUUUAUCAAUAAUAUUUUCAUAAUGUGUGGAUCUUAAGAAAAGACUUUAUAAUUACAAUUGUAUUUAAAUUUUUAUGUUGUACCUUAGAGAAACAGUUACACAGAAUAAAAAACAAAACAAUGUAAUGUCCUGUAAUCACUUCCUAGUGGGAGUUGAGUGAUAUGCUAACCUCAAUAUUUUUUUAAGGAAAGUUGUCAUUAAAUACUAAACAAAAUAUC